UCGAUCCAUAGAAAGAGAAAUAGAGAAAGAGCCUUAAGAAAAAUCUCCAUCGUAAUGGCUCUCAAUACUUACUAUCAAGACACUGCGACCCUCGUGACGUCCUCUAUCUCCGACAACAGAAACUACAAUGCGACAGAGAGCUGCUUCGACGCUUUCUCUGACAAGACAGUUGAUGUCAGUGAGAGAAGAGAGGAGAAAAAGGCUGUGGCGCCUGAGACACACCCGCCGACGAUAUUUUCGUCGAACGUUCCGUCGGUGCUGAAGCGAGAGUACACGAGUGACGGUCGGCUUUUACUUAAGGAAGAGAAAAUGCGUGGUCGUCACGAGUAUUUGCGAGCUCACAGAUCCAAUGGUCGUCUCAUUCUCCAGCUAGUCUCUCUUGAUGAUGAUGAUGAUGAUAAUCGUGAUUCAGAUGUUAAGGAUGGUGAUGAAUGAUCAUCACUUGGAAGUCAAGUUACGUUCACAAAUUCUUUUAUAAAUUUCUGAAUUAGCGUUCCGUUUAGUUUUGGCGGGUUCCCUUUUACCAUGUUCUUGUAAUCUCCGAAACUGAAAUGGAAUGAUAAUAAACAAAUAAUAGAUUUGGGUAUCUUCUAUGCCCUUGU